AUGCUUGGUAAACCUAGAAGCGACGCCGUUCAGGAGCGCAUCGCUCAGGAGGACGCCUUGCAUGAGGACAUUGUGCAGGGCAUCUUCGUCGACACUUACAAAAAUCUUGCCUUGAAGUCUCUGAUAAUGCUGCACUUGGCCGCAAGCUUCUGUCCGAAUGCCAAGUUCGUGCUCAAGAUUGACGACGACGUGUUGCUCAAUGUCGUGAGUGUCGCGCCAUACUUCUUCAUCGAAGAUGUCUACAUCACGGAGCUGCUAGCCGACAAGGCUGGUGUUCGUCGUGUGAAUGUCAACGGGUUUGCAUCCGAGCGCAAGCAUGACAUCCACCCCUGCGGAAGGCCAAGGGUCGUUACGAGCCACAGGUGGAAUCUGCGAACCCUGGCAGAUUGGAUGGCCUGGUCUACGUCCAAUGUGAUGAAUGAUUGGAUCACUAGGGAGAGUGAGGUUGUGUUACUGUUGGAUGAGAGGUACGCGUACGUCGGCACGUCGAAACACGUGUGA